GUUAGCAUCUCUCUCGCGCGGUCAGAGACCACUGCCCUUCAGUUUCUAAAUCUCCCUGAUUUCGCCACGUGCCAUCAUUUCUCUCCCGCGUCGUACAUCUAUCCGUUAACCCUAAACUCUCUCACCCCUUUUCGUUUCUCUCUCUUCUCUGUAACUCUUCCAUCGAAGAAGAAGAAGAAGAAGAGGAGAAGAGAAAAGACAAGAGGAAAACGAAUAUUCAAAUAAAAGAAGAAACAGAGAAACUCGAAAAUGGGGAAACUUCUCUUCGAUUCGACGACCGUUGUGGAGACAUUUCAAACGUCAUCGCCGACGGUCCCUUGGAGGGAACCAAACGCGGCGACUCUUGAAGCCGUUGAUCUAGUUGACCAGACCACAACCACCAUAGUCACCGUGGGUGCCUCGUGGGAAGACGUAAUUGGCCUAGAGGACCAGCAGAGACGGCAUCUAAAGAAGCUUCACGCCAAGGGAGUGCUAUGGAAGCAUCCGCAGGAGCACGGCUCCUCGGUGGUGUUCCGGCUGUCACAUGGAGGCGAUGUGUCCGCGGAUGGGAACUGCCUGUUCACCGCCUCACAGAAAGCGAUGGCGCGUGAUGUGGACGCGCGGGAGCUGAGGAGGCGGACGGUGAAGCGGUUCUUGGAGGAUCUUGGAUCUGCUAAGGAAGAAGAGAGGCAAGUGAUAUAUGAGGCGAUUAGGAAUAUGUACUCGCCGGAUCUGAGGAGCGGGUGGGGGGUUCACGUGGUUCAAGAAGUUAAGUUGUUGGCCAAGAAGGAGGAUCGCGUUGCCUUGGACUCCGCCAUUGACGAGCUUGUUCAGCUUGGAAUGCAAAGAGAAAUGGCGGCCGAAUCUAUUUACAAAGAGAGAUGUAUUCCUGUGAGUGAUGGCUCAAGCUGGGCCAAAUACAUGUCGAUUUCUGGUUCACCUGAUGAUGCAUAUGAUAUCAUCACUUUGCAGUAUACUGAGGAGGGUUUAUUAUCUGUAGAUGAGAAUAGAGAAGGUCAUGCUGCUGCAUUCGGAGAUGACAUUGCCAUCGAAUGUCUUGCAACAGAGUUCAAGCGAGAGAUAUAUGUGUUGCAAGCGCAUGGAUCAGAUGCUAUGGUUGACGAGGACAGUUGUGUUUUCUUCCUUCCACACCGUCCAAGGAGUGAAAUUUGUGAACCUCCCUUUUUUCUGUUCAUGAAAGGAACAGGUUGGUGUGGUGCUGGAGCUGAUCAUUAUGAACCCUUAGUUGCCCAUGCUUCUUCACAUGUUUCCCAUGAGAAAGUUGCUCUUGUACUCUGAGGGCAUUGAGUCCUACAGUUUUGUGGCUUAGAGAUGGAAUAGAAUUAGUUCAUUUUUUCCCUCCUCAAUGUUUUGCAUGCAAUGUAGUUCUCCAGUUUCUUUUUCUGUGAGAAUUUCAUUGCAUAGCAUUCUCCUCAAUUUUUUUUUAUUAACAUUAUCUAGAAUUGGUUAUCAUUGACAUUGAGUUUGCAGGUAUGAUGCCUGCACUUUGAGCAAGCCUUAGUAUUUUGGUAGGGGUUUUGGCGGCUCCUUUCGUUGUGGUUGAGUUAGUGAGGGUGCUUGUAGCGUCUAAGUUGCUAUUUCAUCCAAGCUGGAAUAGUGCCAUUCUUGUUGUAAUUUAGCUGGACUUUGUCAAUUCAUUGAUGGAAAUGACUUUUUUCGUCUGGCUA